AAGGGAGUUCAGGCAGGUGGGCAGGUUCAACAUCCGAUGGCGUCCGCCAUCCCCGUCGCGACGGUUCCUCCCUCCGGCGCCAAGCACUCGGUCCUCCUCCUGCGCCGCGCAAACGACCGCCUCGCCGCCGCUCUACGCGCGCGCUACCGCGUUGUCAACUUCUACGCCUCGGGCGCCCCCCUCCCGGCAUUCCUCGCCGCGUCCGCCGCCGCGGAGCCCGAGCCCCCGCGGGCCGCGCUCGUCGUAGGCGACGGCACCAUCCGCAUCAACGCAGCCUUCUUAGACGCGGCGCCGUAUCUCCGCUGCGUCGUCACCACCGCCGCCGGCCUGGACCACAUCGACGUCACCGAGUGCGCGCGCCGGGGCGUCGUCGUGGCCGGCGCUGGCCAGACCUUCUCCACCGACGUGGCCGACCACGCCGUAGGCCUCCUGAUCGACGUGCUCCGGCGAGUCUCGGCGGCUGACCGCUAUGUCCGGCGCGGGAUGUGGCCGGUUCAAGGGGAUUAUCCGCUUGGCUCCAAGCUCGGUGGCAAGCGUGUAGGCAUCAUCGGUUUGGGGAGCAUCGGUUCAUCGAUUGCUAAGCGUCUCAAAGCAUUUGGCUGCGUCAUCCAGUACCACUCCAGAAGACCAAAAGAUGCCGUCUCCUUCAGAUAUUUCCUCGAUGUGCUCAGCCUCGCUGCCGAAUCCGAUGUCCUCAUCGUAGCAUGCGCCCUGAACAAUCAGACGCAGCACAUCGUCAACAAGGAUGUCCUGGAGGCACUAGGAAAAGACGGCGUAGUGGUGAACAUCGCCCGUGGAGGGAACAUCGACGAGGCGGCGCUGAUCAGCGCACUGAAGGGAGGGGAGAUAGCUGGCGCGGGCCUCGACGUCUUCGAGAAGGAGCCCGAUGUGCCGGCGGAGUUCUUCUCCAUGGACAAUGUGGUGCUCACCGCACAUGAGGCGGUCUUCACCACGGAGUCUGGCUCCGAUCUUUGCGACCUCAUGAUCGGGAACCUGGAGGCGUUCUUCGAUGGUAAGCCAUUGGUCUCACCUGUGCUUCCCAAGUAGAUGUGGAGUAAUAUAUAACAGUACAAAGGAUUAUACUUACCAUACUCAGGGUUGUAAUUUUACUACUGUAGUGAAAAGCAAAUAUAUGUGUCUCCUUGUCCGAGAAGUAACAAGGCUAUGUGGCCGAUCAGUUA